CCAGGAAGAACACGCACAAAACGGCCUCAGUCUGAACGACCAGUCCAAUAGUAUUGCUGGUUAUACACUGCAAUCAGCAAAUUGCGCAACCAUACGGCGAGAACAGCGUCUGAUAGUGUGCGUGGAGCCUCGUGCGGCGCCGGGGCCGGCAUUUGGCGCGUAGUUCUGCCGUUUGGCCGGCCGGGAAGGGGCCUUCGGGCCCCGAAAUGGCAACCAAUGGCGUGGACUUUGCCGAUGUCCGGCGACGUAUCAACGGGCUUCGGAAGCCGGACCUUAUGGAGUGCCUGGAGCGCCUGGGCAUGCGGAAAAGUGGAAACAAGGGCGAGCUCCAGACUCGGCUGCUUGAGCUGUUCGAGGAUAGCUACCACCUCGUCAACAGCGGCUCCGUGCCGCGUGACAUGUGGCGGCUGGCGGCGGCGCAGCGCAUCAUAGAGGACGUGCACAACAAGAUGCACGGAGGAGGCGGCGGCGCGGCGGCGGCAGGACCAGGAGCAGCAGGCGCGGCCGUGGCAGCGGCGCCCGGGUACCGGGGCUACGGCACCCAGCAGCCCACUCCGGCUGGCGCGGGCGCAGCAGCAGCAGUAGCCGCAGGCGGCAGCAGCCGCCACGGCGCAGCCGCCUACGCCAAUGGCGGCGGCGGCGGCGCGCUGGCGGAAUCCCUGACCGCAGCGCUGCGCGAGCGCGGCGGCACACGCGCCGCCGCCGCCGCCAGCCGCGUCAUCCGCUGCGUGUGCGCGCAGCCGUCCGCCGACCGGCCGCCGCUGCUGCAGUGCGCCGCGCCCGGCUGCGGCGUGUGGCAGCACUCGGCCUGCGUGGGCGUGCCGCACGGUCAGCGCCCCGCCGGCCCUCGUGGCGAGUUCUAUUGCGAGCGGUGUCGCGUGGCGCGAGCCGACCCGUUCUGGGAGAUCGUUGACGCCAGCAUCACGGCGCCCAUCCUGCCGGCGCCCACCGGCAAGACGGCUCCGCCGCCAGGCAGUACGGAGCCGCAGUACGUGCGCACGGCGGAGCGGUCGUUCGAGCUGAGUGCGGCGCAGCACAGCCGCUUCCGCAGCCGCCAGGGCGACCACCAGCUGCAUCUGGCCUGCCUGCAGCUGAACGACGCCGUGCCCUGCCGCCACCACUGGCCGCUGGGCUGCAGCCUGGAGGUGAACGGCGUGCAAUACCGCGUGUACGCGCGCGGCGGCGGCGCCAAGCUGGGAGCCAACGCGCGCGACGAGCCGGCCAACAUAGGGCUGCUGUGCCCCCGCGGCCGUCUGACGCUGCAGUGCACCGACAGCCGCGGCUUCCUGCUGCUGGUGCUGCUGGUGCGCAAGCGGGCGGCGGCCGAGGUGCGCGGCCUCAUGAAGCCGCAGCUGGCGCCGCCGGACGCAGUGGCGCGCGUGCAGCAGCAGCUCCGCGGCGACGACGACGACGAGCUGCAGGUGGGCGCCACCGUUCUGAGCCUGCGCUGCCCGCUGCUGGGCAGCCGCAUCCGCACGCCCGGCCGCUUCGCCGAGGUGCCGGGGCUGGCCUGCUUCGACCUGGAGGCCUUCCUGGACAGCGCCGCGCGCACCCGCAAGUGGCAGUGCCCCACCAGCAUGGCGCACACCUCCGUGCACUCGCUCAUGGUGGACACCUACAUGCAGCGCAUCAUCACCGCCCUGGCCGCACACCCCGCCGUCACCGAGGUGGAGGUGGACGGCGACGGCGGCUGGCGCCCCGCCGGCAGCCGCGACAGCUUCUACUCCAUUCUGGAGGAUGACAACCCGCUGGCGCGGCCCGGGGCGGCGGCGGCAGCGGGGCUGAAGAGCGAGGGCGAGGGCGCGGCAGGAGGGGGAGCGGGAGGGGGAGCGGGAGGAGGAGGGAGAGGAGGGGAGGACAAUGAUGAGGAGACGGAUGAGGAGGAGGAGCUGCGGCGCGCGGCGGCGGCGGUGGCGGGGCAGAAGCGCAAGCGCGCGCCGUCGCCGGACGUGAUUGACCUGGCCGACUCGGAUGAGGAGGAGGCCGCGGCGGCGGCGAAGCCGCCGGCAGCAGCGCCUGCGGCUGCGAGGCCGGCGCAGCCGGCAGCAGCGGCGACGCCGGCGGCGGCGGCAGCGGCGGCGCAGGCGGCGCAGCCGGGCCGAGUGCAGCACACGGCGGUGCCAAACGGCGGUGUCGCAGCCGCGGCAAGGGCGGCGCCAGCAGCGGCGGCCGCGCAGCCGCAGCCGCAGGCACAGCAAGGGCAAGGGCAGCAGCCACAGGCGCAGGGGCAGCAGUCGGGCGGCGGGUUGCGGAUAUCGCUCCAGCCCAAUCGGUGGGUGGUGCAGGGCCGCGGGACCCAGCCUGCAGCCGCCGCCACCACUGCGGCUGCGCCCGCCGCGCCAGGGAAGCCUGUAACGGCUGCGUCUGCGGCCGCGCCGGCGGCGGCCGCCGUCCCGCUCGGUGGCGUCGUUGCGGCGCAGCGGCAGGCGUACGAGCUGUUGGCGAGGCAGGCGGCUGCAGCGGCGGCGGCGGCGGCAGGCGGUCAUGCAAGCGCAGCGCGCACAGCGGUUGUGGGCGGCGGUGGCGGCGGCGGCGCCACAGGCGCGGGAGGGCAGCAAGCACAGGGGCACAUACAGGCGGCAGCACCCGUGCAUCAGGCGCACGCGUCGGCGCGGCCGGGAGCAAUGGCGGCGGCGGCGGCUGCGGCGGGCGGUACGGGCACGGGGGUCGGCGCGGGCGCAGGCGCAGCGGCGGCGGGCGCGGUGUCGGCGGCGACGGCAGGUGCGGGCGGGCUCUCGCAUCGCUCGACUGUGAAUGCGGCGGCUCGGAACCCCAUACGCAUCAGCAUGGCUGCGGGGGUGCCGGCGGGGCCGGGUGACUCAGGGAACAACGCAGCCGCGUCCAGGUCUGCCGCCGGCACUAGUGGCGCUGGGGCGGCGCCGGCGCAAGCGGGGGUGGUGGCUGCUCCGCACCCGAACGCAGCCGCGGCGGCGGCGGUGGUGGCGAUAAUGGCGGCGGCGGCAGGGCGGACAGGGCCUGGCGGCGGCGGCGGCGGCGGGCAGUCGGCGGCGGCACUGCCAGCAUGGCUGACAGCCGCCCAGGCUGGCGCUGGCGGCGGCAGUAGCUCCAAUCAGCAGCAGCAGCAGCAGCAGCAGCAGCAGCAGCAGCAGAACAAGUCACAAGUAUUAGGCAUGCCUGGGGCGGUAGCAGUGCCGCCGCCAGCUGCGCGGCCGCUACCGCAACAGCAGCAGCAUCAACAGCAGCAGCCGCAGCAGCAGCCGCAGCAGCCGCAGCGGUCCGCAGCUGACUGGCUGCGUCAGGCCGCGGCGGCGCAGCAGCAAAGCCAGAAGCAGGUGGCGACGGCGGCGGCGGCGGCGGUGGUCGCGGCCAUGCAGCAGCAGAACUCCUACUACGCACAAGUCCAGGCGGCGACGGGGAUACACAACGGCAACCAGCCGCUGCAGAAACAGCAGCAGCAACAACAACAACAGCAGCAGCCGCAGCAGCAGCAGCAGCAACAACAACAGCCGCAGCAGCAGAAACCGCAACAAGCGCCUGGGACCGGGACGCGACAACAAACACCGCCGCCACAGACAGCAGCUGCAGGAGUCGCCCAGCAGCCGACAGCACCAAUACCACCACCACCACCACCACCACCACCACCACCACCACCACCACCACCACCAGCAAGAGCACCUGCGCCAGCGCCUGCGGCCGCGCCGGCCCCGGCUGCGGCUGCGGCCGCGCCGGCGGCGGCUGCCGCCGCGGCCCCUGUGCCGCAGUCGCCCGACGUCAUCGACUUGGCGACCGACAGUGGGGACGAGUCUUGACAGCGGCAACAGCAGCGGCCAUUGCAGCUGGUCCGGCGCCAGCGGCGUCCGCGGUGGAACCUGCGGCGGCGCCGGGAAGCGAUGCCAUGCCAGGCGGGCGCUCCGCUGUCGGAGGCUACCUGACACGCGCCGCUGUCACUGUCCUUGCUUGACUGGGAACUGGCGAAGACGCAUGUAUGCAUGCAGCGGCUUGUCAAGCUGCGUGUCGGCGCACCAGUAGGCAGCACGUGUGCCUCGUUGUUAUCGGGGCUGCAUCCAUCGACAAGGACUGACUGACAUCAACUGACACACGGCUCAUUUGAUCUAGCAUUUCAUUCAAACUGCCUGCCGACGGCGUGCCGUGGGGUUGUCUGUUGCCUGAACGCCAGCGUUGAGCCCCGGCGGCGCAGGGCCCCGGCGGCGCAGGGCCCCGGCAGCAGCGGCGCGCGCCACGCAGGCGGCGUGUAUGUGCGGGGCAGAGGGGGGCGGGUCAGGCCAUGUGGAGGUGGGGGGCAAGCCCAGGGCGCAGGUCAAGAGGUGGCGCCAGCAACCGGAUAGAAUGACGCCCACCGACUCUCGGUCAAGGGUUGCGGGGGCUAGCGCAACGCGUGGUGUGCAGCAGGGGCGACUGGGAUGGCUGGAGUUUGAUGUGUGUGUUUGGUGGCAGUUUGGGCCACUGCUGGAACGACCACACAGCGGACGCCUGUUUGCCUCGGACGAGGUUUGGGUUCAGCCUGAGCCCAUCAUGCCAACCGGGUGAGGAGGAGUGCUUGCCUUCGCCUCCAUUUAUGACAGAUUGACACUUUGACAGGAAUGCGUGGGACCGUGCACACACGGAAGUCAUACCGUAGGUGUGUACUGUUGCUCAUCCAGUAGGUGUAUGUGCAGAUGGUUGCACGGGAUGGAUGUGUCGGACAGAAUUACGAGGUAGGAGAACACGAACCGUGCGUGUUGACGCGAAUAGGGCAGGCUUAGCGGAAAUCCACGCACGCGGAUUUGUGCGUUUCUAUGACGCCAGAGCACAGGUGGGGGGGCAGCGAGGUGGUGCGAGCAAAGUGACCGGGUGUUGCUGCGUUGGCUGCGGAGGGCGGGCACGUGACACGGCAGCAGCGCAGGCAGCCAUGCAGGUCCGCGCUUGAGGCGGAGCGACUGCAGAGUGCAGGGCGGGCAGGCACCGCAGCAGUGCGGAAUGACCCGUGUGUUGUGUUGUGUGGACUGGUAACACCGUACGAACCAGCUGCAGCCAGCUGUACAGGCGCCAGGCUGGGGAGGGGAUGCGGCCGUGCAGGGCGAGGCGUGGCCCGCUUGAAGGUGUUGCACUGCCUGGUGGCCAACACACCAGUAGUCGCCGCCACUGCCGUUGUCGGCGCAUGCGGUGCGCUGUAUGUGUCAGGCAAACAGGCGAGCAGGGUGGCACAAGGGUCAGGAGCCGGCUGGGUUGGGGAACGCGGCGCGUGGGUUCGCGGCUCUCGCGGCAGCACUCCUCGCGGUGUACACGUGCAUGUGUGUGAUGACUGUGAUCGCCUGACCGGAUGCAAUCAACUCCACC